ACAUGCCUCCCAAAGCAAGCGGUAAAGCAGCAAAGAAAGGCGGUAAGGCUAAGGCCGCCGCUCGUGGUGGUGACAAGAAGAAGAGAAGAAGGGGAAGGAAAGAAUCCUACGGUAUCUACAUCUACAAAGUGUUGAAACAAGUUCACCCAGACACCGGUGUCUCUUCCAAAGCCAUGUCAAUCAUGAACAGCUUCGUCAACGAUAUCUUCGAGCGUAUCGCUUCGGAAGCUUCCCGUUUAGCUCACUACAACAAGCGUAGAACCAUCACCAGCAGAGAGAUCCAGACCGCCGUCCGUCUCUUGUUGCCUGGUGAGCUCGCCAAGCACGCCGUCAGUGAAGGCACCAAAGCCGUCACCAAGUACACCAGCUCCAAGUAAAUUGUAUGCCUAGCGUACUCAAACCAAACGGCCCUUUUCAGGGCCACCACAUCCUCCAAAAAGAGAACUACCGUUACGGCAACCCUAAAUCCACACCCCCUAUGCUGUGCAACAGUUUUAACAAAAUAUUAGUAACCGUGGUUGAGUACGCAUUUUAAUUAUGGUUAUUGUAAAUAUCUAUUUGCUGCAUACAGCCUCGCUCACCCGAACCCCGGAAUACUUUGCAGUGCAAUCGCACAGUGUUGGCGAAAUCGAUAGAAUAUCGCCAAACAGAAAACAAAGUUUGUAU